AUGCCCAAAGCGCACCUGAGCAUGCAAGUGGCUUCUGCAACCACCGCAGCCCCCAUGAGUAAGGCAGCUGCGGGUGAUGAGCUCUCCGGAUUCUUCGGCCUGAUCCCAGACUUGCUGGAGGUUGCCAACAGGAGCAGCAAUGCGUCGCUGCAGCUUCAGGACUUGUGGUGGGAGCUGGGGCUGGAGUUGCCCGACGGUGCGGCGCCUGGGCAUCCCCCGGGCAGCGGUGGGGCAGAGAGCGCGGACACAGAGGCCAGGGUACGGAUCCUCAUCAGCGCCGUUUACUGGGUGGUUUGUGCCCUGGGACUGGCUGGCAACCUGCUGGUUCUCUACCUGAUGAAGAGCAAACAGGGCUGGCGCAAAUCCUCCAUUAACCUCUUUGUCACUAACCUGGCGCUGACUGACUUUCAGUUUGUGCUCACUCUGCCCUUCUGGGCGGUGGAGAACGCACUAGAUUUCAAGUGGCCCUUUGGCAAGGCCAUGUGUAAGAUCGUAUCUAUGGUGACAUCCAUGAACAUGUAUGCCAGCGUCUUCUUUCUCACUGCUAUGAGUGUGGCGCGCUACCACUCGGUGGCCUCAGCUCUCAAGAGCCAUCGGACCCGCGGGCAUGGCCGUGGCGACUGCUGCGGCCAGAGCUUGGGGGAGAGCUGCUGUUUCUCAGCCAAGGUGCUGUGUGGAUUGAUCUGGGCUUCUGCCGCGAUAGCUUCGCUGCCCAAUGUCAUUUUUUCUACCACCAUCAAUGUGUUGGGCGAGGAGCUGUGCCUCAUGCACUUUCCGGACAAGCUCCUGGGUUGGGACCGGCAGUUCUGGCUGGGUUUGUACCACCUGCAGAAGGUGCUGCUGGGCUUCCUGCUGCCGCUGAGCAUCAUCAGUUUGUGUUACCUGUUGCUCGUGCGCUUCAUCUCCGACCGCCGCGUAGUGGGGACAACGGAUGGAGCAACAGCGCCUGGGGGGAGCCUGAGUACAGCCGGCGCUCGGAGACGCUCCAAGGUCACCAAGUCGGUGACCAUCGUAGUCCUUUCCUUCUUCUUAUGUUGGCUGCCCAACCAAGCGCUCACCACCUGGAGCAUCCUCAUCAAGUUCAAUGUAGUGCCCUUCAGUCAGGAGUACUUUCAGUGCCAAGUGUACGCGUUCCCAGUCAGCGUGUGCCUGGCACACUCCAACAGCUGCCUCAACCCCAUCCUCUACUGCUUAGUGCGCCGCGAGUUCCGCAAGGCGCUCAAGAACCUGCUGUGGCGUAUAGCAUCGCCUUCGCUCACCAGCAUGCGCCCCUUCACCGCCACCACCAAGCCAGAACCUGAAGAUCACGGGCUGCAGGCCCUGGCGCCACUUAAUGCUACUGCAGAGCCUGACCUGAUCUACUAUCCACCCGGUGUGGUGGUCUACAGCGGAGGUCGCUACGACCUUCUCCCUAGCAGCUCUGCCUACUGA